UCUAGUUUUGUGUUUUCUGUGCUUAUCUAUUUUUUGCACAAUUUCGAGUUUCUGGUCAUUUCCUCAAGAUGUCCUCCCGUAAGUCGGAGGUAGAGCACGAGAGGCAGCUCCGAGGGCUGCUGGAGACGGCGGGGCUGGAGUGCACCAGGCCUCCGCCCCCCUCUACCGUCACCAGCGAGGAGGAGGGGGCUGCAGAAGAAAUCAUAGAAGUACACUCAGAACACUCAGAAGCAAACAUAGAGAAGGAAGAAAUAGAGAAAGAAAAAGACGAAUCCGUAGCAGAAAGCUUAACAACUCCAGAAGAAAUUCCAGAAAUGGAAGCAGACUUUCCGACGGCUUCUCUCAGAAGACUCAUACCAGAACAGCAGAGAAGUAUAGAAGAGAUGAACAGGAUAGAGGUUUUACCAGAAGAAUUCCCGACGAAUUUUGAUCCAGAAUCUAUACCUAUUGUAGUCCAAACCCCACUGGUUGAAGUUAUAGAUAUUCUGGGUAGCUUGACAGGAUGUAGAAGAUACAAGAGUAAUUUAGCAGAAUACUGGUUUCUGGAUACUCUAGCAAAUCUUCUGAGAAGAGCACAGAAGGAUCAGAUGGAUAGAGGUUCCCAGGCGGUUCUAAUGUCUUGGUUCUGUGAGUGGAUGAAGGAAGUCCAGCACUUUGAUGCCGCAGACCGGCACCGGAUGAUUACCAGGUUCCAGGACAACAUAACAGUAGCUGCAAAGUUUAUAGCUCAUAACAAUCAUCUGCCUACUCCAGAAGAGGUAGGAAUAACAUAUAAGGCUAGAUAUAAUCAAGAACAGAGUAAUAAAGAAGAUAAUGAAGCUAAAACCACUGAUGUAGUCAAAAAGACUGGAAAACUCCAAGCCAAGAAGAGUGAUAAGGGUAAGAAGGGUAAAAAUGAUAAGAAUCAAAGUAAAAAAGGCAAAGAAGAGAGUGAGAAGCGAGAUAAAAGUCCAAUUCAAAAGAGUAAGAAAGAUAGAAGCUCGAGUAAAGAUAGUAAGAGUCCUAAGAAAGAUAAGAGUCCACGUAAAAGUCCAGAUGAGAAAGAUGGGAGUCCAAGUAGACAAGGUGAUGGUAGUAAAGGUGUUGAAGAUAAGAAUGAAAAAGAGAAGACAGUUAAAGAUGAACCAGAGAAUUUCGAAUGCGCUUUGGUUAAUUUGACGAAUAUAGCGCAUUACAUUUAUGAUCUAUUCAGCACUGAUUACCAGUACAACCUUCUACGUAUGGUUUUCACCUUCCCUCCAGACUACAUCCAGGUGGACUCACCAUACCAGAUGAGGGUUCCCAAGACGCUGAUGAUGCAGCAGACCAAGAAAAUAGUGUUGGACAAAGAGGGCACGAAGACCUCGUUGACAAAGAAAGAGAGAAGAGAGGAUGACUAUGGGAAGUUAUUGGAACUUCAAGAACGCGAGGAGCGCUCUCUAGCGGACCAAGAAAGUAGAGAUCGAGCUGAGUGGCUGCGACGGUCUCACAUACUCCCGCUAAACGCGGCGGUAAAUAACGACUCUUCGCGCCACCUAUCGGCAAAAACUGAUAACUCCUAAUUCGUGAAUGUGG